AUGUCGGCUAAGGGAAAGGGCGGCCGCUCCAAGAAGGCUUCUAAGGCCACCAGCAAGUCGGCAAAGGCCGGCCUACAGUUCCCCGUUGGGCGUAUUGGUCGGUACUUGAAGAAGGGCAGAUACGCCAAGCGUGUCGGUGCUGGGGCUCCUGUCUACAUGGCUGCAGUGCUGGAAUACCUUUGUGCAGAGAUUUUGGAGCUGGCGGGUAAUGCGGCAAGAGAUCACAAGAAGACCCGCAUCAUCCCCAGACACAUCCAGUUGGCAGUGCGCAACGACGAGGAGCUGAGCAAGUUCCUUAGCGGUGUCACAAUUGCCUCUGGUGGUGUCUUGCCCAACGUCCACUCCGUGCUGCUUCCCAAGAAGAGCAAGAGCAAGAAGAUGUCUCAGUAG